UGGUUCCAACCAUUAACUUCCAACCAGAUAAUUAAACAACUCGUUUUUCGUCGUCAUGGCGUACUGUAUGCGAGUUUUGCAUCGCCAUGGGGGAAAAGCGAAUGUUGUCUUCCAAGAAGUCCAGGCCCGAUGCUUCCACGUCUCCCCAUUGGCUGCGGCCGCCGCAAAAACGGCGAUGUCCAAAUUCGACACCGAGCCGCUCCCUUACGACAAGUUAGUGAAAAACUUGGAAGUGGUUAAGAAGAGACUGAACCGCCCUCUCACCCUCUCCGAGAAGGUUCUGUACUCCCAUUUGGACCAGCCGGAUACCCAGGAAAUCGAGCGUGGAACAUCCUACUUAAGGCUGCGCCCCGAUCGAGUGGCUAUGCAAGAUGCCACUGCUCAAAUGGCCAUGUUGCAGUUCAUUUCUUCAGGGUUGAAAAGAGUGGCUGUGCCCAGCACCAUUCACUGCGACCACUUGAUUGAGGCCCAAAUCGGCGGAGUCAAAGAUUUGGCUCGCGCCAAAGACCUGAACAAGGAAGUUUACGACUUUCUGAGCUCGGCUGGAAACAAGUACGGCGUUGGAUUCUGGAAACCAGGAUCAGGUAUCAUUCAUCAAAUCAUUUUGGAGAACUAUGCCUUCCCUGGCCUGUUGAUGAUCGGAACUGAUUCCCACACUCCAAAUGGAGGCGGUUUGGGAGGCUUGUGCAUUGGAGUAGGCGGAGCCGAUGCUGUCGACGUCAUGGCUAGCAUCCCUUGGGAGUUGAAAUGUCCCAAAGUCAUUGGGGUUCAUUUAACUGGUAAACUAUCCGGGUGGACCUCACCAAAGGACAUCAUCCUGAAAGUAGCGGACAUUUUGACGGUGAAAGGAGGCACCGGAGCCAUUGUGGAAUAUUACGGGCCAGGAGUGGACUCAAUUUCCUGCACUGGUAUGGCGACCAUAUGCAACAUGGGCGCCGAAAUCGGAGCCACCACCUCCCUCUUCCCCUACAACAGCCGCAUGGCCACCUACCUGAAAGCCACCAAUCGCGGGGCUAUCGCCCAAGAGGCCGACAAAGUGCAAACCGUCCUGCUCAACUCAGACGCCAAUGCCGCCUAUGAUCAAAUCAUCGAAAUCAAUCUGGACACUUUGGAGCCACACAUCAACGGGCCCUUCACUCCUGACCUGGCCAGCCCCAUUAGCAAACUGGGCCAAAACGCCAAGAAAAACGGAUGGCCUUUGGAAAUCAAAGUGGGGCUCAUCGGGUCAUGCACCAACAGUUCUUAUGAAGACAUGGGCAGGUGUGCCAGCAUUGCCAAAGAAGCGAUGCAACAUGGUAUUAAGUCGAAGAUACCAUUCAAUGUCACUCCCGGGUCUGAGCAGAUCCGGGCCACGAUUGAAAGGGACGGAAUUUCCAAAACUUUGACUGAAUUUGGAGGCACUGUGUUGGCUAAUGCUUGCGGGCCAUGCAUCGGCCAGUGGGACCGCCAGGACGUGAAGAAAGGCGAGAAGAACACGAUCGUCACCUCCUACAACCGAAACUUCACCGGGCGAAACGACGCCAACCCUGCAACGCACGCCUUUGUCACAUCCCCCGAACUGGUCACAGCUCUGAGUAUAGUUGGCACGUUGGACUUCAACCCUGUAACCGAUGAACUCACUGGUUCCGAUGGCAAGAAAUUCAAACUCUCUUCGCCGUUUGCUGACGAGCUGCCCUCAAGAGGCUUCGACCCCGGCCAGGACACCUACGAACACCCCCAGGCUGAUGGGAGCACCGUUACUGUGAGAGUCGACCCGAAAUCCAACCGACUUCAGCUCUUGGAACCUUUCGACAAGUGGGACGGCAAAGACUUGGAGGAUUUGCUGGUGCUUAUCAAGGUUAAGGGCAAGUGCACGACUGACCACAUUUCCGCCGCUGGCCCUUGGCUGAAAUACCGUGGACAUUUGGAUAAUAUCUCAAAUAACAUGUUUAUUGGAGCCACGAACAUUGAAAACAACGAAAUGAAUAAAAUCAAGAACCAAUUGACUGGCGAAUGGGGCGGUGUUCCUGAUGUAGCCCGCGUAUACAAAGCCAAAGGCCUGAGAUGGGUAGCCGUUGGAGAUGAAAACUACGGCGAAGGCUCAUCUAGAGAACACGCCGCUUUGGAGCCGAGGCAUUUGGGCGGAAGAGCGAUUAUUGUGAAAUCCUUUGCCCGUAUUCAUGAGACCAACCUGAAGAAGCAGGGCAUGUUGCCGCUGACCUUUGCCAAUGCCAGCGACUACGACAAGAUCCAGCCCACAGACAAAAUUAGCUUGAAGAACCUGAAAACGUUGGCGCCCGGCAAGCAAGUCGAAUGCGAAAUCAAACACAAAGAUGGUUCGGUUGAUAAGAUUCUGUUGAACCACACGUUGAACGAUCUUCAAAUUACCUGGUUCAAGGCGGGCAGCGCACUAAACCGAAUGAAGGAGAUCGCGGCCAAUGCUUAAAAUCCAGGACUUGCAAUUAUUGAAUAAGGUCAUUAUGGUUUUGUUGAAAAGCGCUGCCGCGGUGCGGCAGAUUUCUUCAAUAACUUAAAGGUAGUUGGACAAUUAUUAUUAAAUUUGCUAUAGUGAGUGGAUCUUGCCCGCAUACACUUCGAGGAGCAACCGCAAGACCUAAUAGUGAUAUAAGAGUAACUUUCGAUUGAGUUUUUCUUCAGGAUUGUACAUCGUUGCCAUCAGUGAUUGUUUAUAUACGUGCUGUGUAUAUAAUGGAAA